AGCCUGUGUCAUGAUGGUGGGGUGUCAAUCAAGAGCCAGCGCCUCCAGGCUAACACCAUGGGCUCUCACUGAUCUCUCACCAUCCCUGCAGCCCGACCGACAUAACCUACGAGCCAGGCUUUAAAGAUAAAGCUCCAAGGGCAGACAUUCCAUACUGCAUUUCUUCUCCAAAACCUACACGAUCCUACUGCCGCCGCCUCAGGCGUCCGCCACAAGUCCUUGGGCAGAAGUUCCACUCGCCGAGCACAGAUUUCAUUCAUCUGGUGAUUCCGAUUUGACUUGCUCAUCUCCUUUUGGGACAUCGACAUCGGUCCUGGACAUCAUUGUACAAAUACCGGACCAGGCUGGGCUUUCUCACUGCCGUCUUGGCUUGACGCAAGCCACCAAAGCGAACAUUCAGGGGGGGAAACGAGCCUAUUGCGAGCGGCUGCAAAGCUGCUGUGCAACGCAGAACAAAAAAUCAUGGCAGCCUCCGCUGCAGUGGCAGAUAAUGCUGCCACUACCGCCGUCACGGCGCCCACAGCUGACAGUACGGCCGCCGCCAGCCGCGAGGAUCAACUGCUGCUCCUGCUGGCGCGACUGAUGGAAGGCGGACAAGAGGACGACGAAACGUGCCGGGACCUGGACCAGCUGACCAAGCUGCUCAACGAUGAUCUCGAUGUGGCCAAGCGCGGCAAGGCGUCUGUGUGCUCUGCCAUCGAUAGUGACUGCGUCGACACUCUGCUGGGCUACCUCGACAUGAGGCAGCACGAGGCUGUGAAGGGACAUGCCUUGCUUGCCGCCUCGGCCUACCUUAAGGCUGCCGGCGAGGACGGCAACCGCAAGCUGUCCGAAUUCUUCUACGAUCGCGUUAAACGGGGCACGUACGACGACUUUAUCGUCGCCUUCUGCGUCGCAUCAACCAUGUUCCCCGUCGUGCCGGACCUCGUCAAAGAGCUGUUCCUGAGCGAGGGCUUCCUGCCAACCCUCGGCCCGCUUAUGAGGCGCAAAUGGAAGAGCAGAAAGGUCGAGACCGCUUGUUUGGACCUGCUUAACGCCGCAUGUCUCAAUAGCGAAUGUCGGGUAGCCGUUCAGAAAUACUGCGUCGAAUGGUUAGAGGAGAUUGUGGACCAGGACCCGGAUGAUUUUGCUAAGACCAUGCACACUACGGAGCCAGAUGUUCACGUCACGCAGCCGGGGUCCAUUUCUAUGAGGAAGCACUCGGAGCAUGUCCAAAUCCUGGCCGCUGUGAUCCUGACAAAGCUCAAGGCAACACAACAACCGCAGUCUACCACCGAGAUGUCUGGCGAGAGGGUCCAGCAGGCCACCACCAGCAUUGAAGACCUAAGCAGCAUGCUCACCAAAGUUCUCCUCAGAGACCCCGAGAACAACCGGAAUAGCUCCAUCGAGGGCCUCGCAUACGCCUCCCUGCAGCCCAAAGUAAAAGACGUCCUCUCCAAAGACGCCGAAUUCCUCAAAGCCCUCGUCCGGACUCUACAGGAGGCGCCGCCUCGCUCCCCCCUAACCUACGGGGCGCUCAGCAUUGCCGUCAACCUGACGCGGUACCAGCCGGCGCAAUCCGAGGAGGGGAAACGCAUCGCGCAGCUCAAGGCCUACGCCAACGCGGCUGGCAAGCUCCAGCGAGAUCCGCUCAACGAGGACGAACAGGUCUCGGGUCGGUGCCUGCGUCUGUUCGACGCGGGAAUCACGCCUGUGCUGGUCUCGCAUAGCAAAAACGGCUCUGCCGCCUCCCUAUCCCUGAUCAUCAACAUCAUCUACGCUCUGUCCGUCACCCCGAAGCUCCGCGGCCAGCUCGCGCAGCAGGGCGCCGUACGCCUGCUUAUCGGCGCCUGGAACGCCCUGCCCGCCGCUGGUGCCGACUCCAGCCUCGCGCAGGCCCGCCGUGUCGCCGCGCAGGCCCUCGCCCGCAUCCUCAUCUCCACCAACCCCGCCCUCGUAUUUGGCGGCACGCGCCCGACGCCCAUGAGCGCGGCCAUCCGCCCGCUAGCGUCCAUCGUGCCGCCGGACCCGGACGCGCCCGCGGGCGAGGCGCGCGACCUACUCCCGACCUUUGAGGCCCUCAUGGCGCUGACCAACCUGGCGUCCACCGAGGACCCGGGCACGCGCGCGGCCCUGGUUCGCGCCGUCUUCGCCGACGCCGAGGAGCAGCUGCUGUGCGCCAACGCGCGCGUCUCGCGCGCCGCCACCGAGCUCGUCUGCAACCUGGCCCAGGCGCCCGAGGGCGCGGCCUACUUCGCCGACGGCACCCCGCAGGCCGCGACGCGCGUCCACGUCAUGCUGGCGCUGGCCGACGCCGAGGACGACGGCACGCGCGCCGCGGCCGGCGGCGCCCUGGCCAACCUGUCGGCCCACGAGGCCGUCGUCGACGCCGUCGUGGCCCGCGACCGCGGCGUCCGCAUCCUCCUGGGCCUGUGCGCCGACGACAGCGAGGACCUGAGGCAGCGCGGCGCCUUUGCGCUGCUCAACAUGGCCGCCGCGGCCGGCGCCGUCGGGUCGCGCGCCCGCGACAAGAUCAAGGCCGAGGACGGCGCGCAGAUACUGACCGACUGCGCCAAGAAGACGCGCAGCCCCGAGGUGCUCGAGGUCGCCGUCGCCGCGCUCAAGGCGCUGCUCGAGGCGGAGUAAAGGGAGGGGGGGUAGGGAGCAGUGCUGGCGUUCUUGUUAUGGCUGGGUCAUGGUUUUGUGCGUUGCGGUUUAUGAUGUCGCUAGAACGUUUGUGCGACGGACGAGCUCGCGAUGAUUUGAUCCGUUUCUUUAUCUCAACUCUGGGCGUUUUAUGUGCUUUGAUGUCACCUUCACGAAUGGGAACAGAAGUCAUCGCGGAAAGGGAAAUAGGAACCCAAAGGACCCUCUCGAAGAUGCUGGGAUUUUAUACCUCGGAAGCUAGCUGGCCAACGACGUUUAGCCAGUAAUUAUUACAAUUGGCCUCCUGCUUCCCCUAUCCUGACUCCUGGCACUCAAGGCUCUGCC